CCCGCCCCGCCCGCCGGGGUCCUCGGAGUGCUCGGGCUGCGCGCGGAGCGGGCUCGGGAGGGAAGUCCCGAGACAAAGGGAGCGCCGCCGCCGCCUCGUCCGCCUAGCUCGCCGGGCCGCGGCCGCCCGAGGGACUUUGAACAUGUCGGGGAUCGCCCUCAGCAGACUCGCCCAGGAGCGGAAAGCCUGGAGGAAGGACCACCCGUUUGGCUUUGUGGCCGUCCCGACAAAGAAUCCCGACGGCACGAUGAACCUCAUGAACUGGGAGUGCGCCAUUCCGGGGAAGAAAGGGACUCCCUGGGAAGGAGGCUUGUUUAAGCUCCGGAUGCUUUUCAAAGACGAUUACCCAUCCUCACCCCCAAAAUGUAAAUUUGAGCCACCACUGUUUCACCCGAACGUGUACCCUUCGGGCACAGUGUGCCUGUCCAUCCUCGAGGAGGACAAGGACUGGAGGCCAGCCAUCACAAUUAAGCAGAUCUUGUUAGGAAUACAGGAACUUCUAAAUGAACCAAAUAUCCAGGACCCAGCUCAAGCAGAGGCCUACACGAUUUACUGCCAAAACAGAGUGGAGUACGAGAAGAGGGUUCGAGCACAAGCCAAGAAGUUCGCGCCUUCAUAAGCAGCGACCACACAGCAGCGUAAGAAGGAAGGGAUUGGUUUGGCAAGAACUUGUUUACAACAUUUUUGCAAAUCUGACGUUGCUCUGUACAAUUACUAGUCACCUGGGAGGGGGGCGGGCGCCAUUUUCCAUUUCCGCUGCUGGCACGCAGUCCUCGACGCGCUGAGCUGCCCGGUUUUUCAUACAGGGUCUCUUCCUUCGGUCUUUUGUAUUUUUGAUUGUUAUGUAAAACUUGCUUUUAUUUUAAUAUUGAUGUCAGUAUUUCAACUGCUGUAAAAUUAUAAACUUUUAUACUUCGAUGAGCCCCGAGGAGCUAGUUUCCUUUGCUCGCGGAUGCAGGCAUGCCUCCCGCCGUGUAGAGCUACGCAGCCGCCCGCCGGCCCCUCCUGCCUUGCUCCCCGCAGACCCCGGUUGUGUUGCUUAUGAGCCUCAGAUCCAAAGGCCGCCGGCGUCUCGUUUCCGCAUCACUUCCUUUGUGUUUAUAUGGCGUUUUGUCUGUGUUGCUGUUUAGAGUAAAUAAACUGUUUAUAUAAAGGUU